AUGGUGCCAAAUUGUACAGUCACCUGUACAACCACGGCAGACGCGCCGUGGACAACAAUUACAAGAACGUCGACGACUAUUGAAACAAUAACAAUUUGCAAAAACCGGACUUCUACAACGGCUCGUAUUGCAUCUAGUAGUUCUUCGGUCAAUAUGCACAAGAACACUACUAGCACAUCCCUAGACAUCCAUACGCAAGGCCCUUUAUCUACUGGCGCCUCCUUUUACGGGCUUAAUUCUACCCUUCGACACGACGGUCUUGCUAACAUGACUAACACCAUAGUAUCCGUAUCUAGCCAUCCAUCAGUAAGUUAUAUGUCCCCUCUCUCGACCUUUAACAGCAGUUUUGAUGGAGGAGUAAAUACCACCACAAUGAGGGGUUCAGGGCUGUUCUUGAUGAGCACAUGGACACCACCAGUUCCUACUUCUGCGUACAUAAGUCUGGGCGCAAGAAACCAAGCGAGCGCGUUAGUUGUGGCGAUAGUGUGUAUGAUAAGUCUAGUGAUAGGAUAG